UUAGAUGCGCGAUCCUUGUUGGUGUGGGCUUGGGAGUAGGGAUGUAAACAAGCCAGGUCCUGCUGACCUGCUCAGGUGACAGGUGACUUGAUCCACCCUGAGUGAGGCUGAGUUUGGUGGUGUGGACAGGCGCCUCCGACACACCUACCACUCCAGGCCGCGGCAGGCAGGACUCUCGCCACCACGGAAGGCCCUGAGGGGCUGCCCCGCCACCCACCACUGGACGCCGCCGCCCCACCGCCCACCUGCACUGGCUUGACGUGACAGCCCUCUGGAGCCUCACACUAACAGACAUUCCUGAAGGCAGAACACUUGCUGCCACGCCGCCCCUCUGGCAUCACCAGCACACCCAAGGGUGGCUCCCUGCACCCGGCCUGGCCCUCAACACAGUGCACAUCCCACUACACCAGAGUCUUCCUCCACAAGUGUGCCCGCCUGCCUGGCCCGGGCCAAACAAGAUCAGGAGGCUUGAGUCCCUCCCUCAAUAAGUGGUCCCACUCCCAGGGUCUGUAGUCCAACAUGACUUCUGUGGGCAAGGAGGAGGGGCAGGGAGACUCUGCCAUAGGAAACCUUCUGUGUGGCUCGUGGGAGCUGGUUCAGAAAAUCCUAGAAAACCUGAGCUACUAUGAGGUGUCCAAGCUGCGACUGGUGUGCCGAAUAUGGGCCGAUGUGGGGGAGAUGAUCCUGGCCAAGAGGCGGCCACUCCACUACCUCACCAUCCACCCGCACUGCAUCCCCACCACACAUGGCAAGGUGGCCAUCGGGGAAGUGACUCCCGCCAGCUUGUUGGAAGGGUUCUUCAUGCACAUCGUGAGCAAGCCAAGGUACUGCCUGGCCUUCUGCAAUGCCAACUGGCUCUACAGGACAGACAUCUUUGACCACACUGGCAGGAAAGCUCCCAUCACCAUCUCCGAAUACCUCCAUGAGAGACUGCCACUGUCAUGUGACCUUGGGGUGGUGUCGGCAACUGGUAUCAUUGGGACAGUAGAGAGUGCCUAUCAGGGUCAUUGGCUGCAGUGUGCCAGAAGCAUGAACCAAGAGAUACUCAACUUUCUAGAAGGCACAGAUGACACGCCCCAGUGCAAACCCCCCAAGCGUGCACGGAAGGAGAAGACUGAGGAGGUGGUGGGAGGUGAGGGGGAGGCCAAGGGAGCAGUGUGUGAGGCGAAGAGGUCUAAUGUUGGCUACAGCAUUGAGGUGGAACAGAACAGUCCAGCCAUGGCAGACGCCGAUGCUCUCUCCCUCAUCAUCAUUCCUCAUCACCCCGGUGUCACAGUGAAGUUUUUUGACAUCUCACCCCAAAAGUUUUAUUCAGAAUUUCGUGGCGGCAAAAUUCUGUCCAACAAGCUGGUGAUAUCAGAGGAAGAAUUCAAUGAGCUGAUGUCUCUCUCCCCGUGUGACCAUCUUGCCUCCCUCCUCCUCUUUGACACCUGUUACGACAACAGCUUCACCAAUGGCUUUGUGAAGGCUGCCCUCAACAGAGAGGACUACAAAGUGGCGCUGGGUGGAGGUGUGGCCGAUGCAUUUCACAGUGGCCGCACCAGCAAGUUUGUCCCCACCACAGACCACAUCUUUGGUAUAGCAGUGACUGGCCCCAACAUCAGAGCAGCCUCGGUGGUCAUCCCUGCAAGUGUGGACAACCCCAGGCAUCUUGGACGCUACAUGCUGAGGCUGAAGUCAUGUGGUCUUCCUGAGAAGCAGAGCGUUGCCUUCAUGUUCACCUGCUGUGGCCGUGGCUAUGGCUCCUGGCUGCCUAUUCCUAAGUUCAGCUAUGAGAAUGUGGAGUCCAAGGCGUUCAGACGGACCUUCCCAAACACACCGAUCUUUGGGUUCUUUGGGCGUGGGGAGAUUGGCAUCACACACCUGCCCAAGUUCCCCUCGCCAGACAGCGGUGAGGAGGAGAAAGUAACGCCCAAGAAGAGGAGGAAGGCCUUUCACCAAUACUCCACCAUUAUUGUCCUUCUCUCCUUUCUAUGAUUGGUGUGGGACCUACAAAUGUUCAUCAGGUUUCCUUCCUUAUGUUUUCCUAUUGCUUGUCAUUUUGUAAGGCAGAUGCAAAGGACACACACACACUCUCUCUCUCUCUCUCUCUCUCUCUCUCUCUCUCUCUCUCUCUCUCUCUCUCUCUCUCUCUCUCUCUCUCUCUCUCUCUCUCUCUCUCUCUCUCUCUCUCUCAGGUGUCUUAAUGUGUAUGUGACAUUCAUUGAUAGUAUCCACAGGAGUAGCAUUAAUGACAACUGGUUCACAUUUAUUGUUAUUUGUUUUCUUUUGGAUAGGGUAGACUUGCUAUGUAUAUUUUGAUACUGUUCAUCACCAACUUUCACCAUGCAGAAUUUAUUAAUAAAUUUUUGUCAUACUUUAUUAAUGUGACAUAACUUAAACUUCAUUAAAGUAACACUUAUAACAUUACAUUUCAAAGAGUUGGCGCGUUACAGCAGAAGUAUUAUGUAUUGUAGGGCCCACUCAGUCAUUCAUGGAAGAGGAAAUAAAGAUUUGAUACUAAGUUAAAUAGUAAUAGUGACAAGUUUGAAUUUACCGUUUAGUAAUUCAAUAAUGUAAUAAAUUGUACAUAAUGAAA